CUGUUAUUUUCUUGGCUCUUGUACCAGCAAUGCUACAUUUCAGCUGCCUGGCUUUUUAUCUUCUAAUGUAUUUGAAGAUGAAGAUGAGGAGGAGGACCUUCCAAGCAGUUCACCGAAGGAAGAUGGUGACAUAUCAUCACUAGCAGAGGCCACUCGUACUUUAGGAGAGUCAGAAACAUGUGUUAUUACUCCAAAUGACAGGCGGCAUUGCAUUUUAGAGGAUGUGGAUGGUGAGCUUGAAAUGGAAGAUGUCUCUGGAAACCAGAAGGAUGAAAGGCCUUUUACGAGUGGUCCUUUUGAAGUGGAUGCACAGCAACAUUGCUCAGAUGGAGUACUGGAACCUGUAAUUGACAAUUCUGUUGUGCUGCCUCCACUACCAGAGGGUUCUCCUCCACUGCCUCCUGAUUCUCCUCCUCCACCACCACCUUUACCUUCGUCACCCCCACCUCCACCCCCACCUCCACCGCCAACAUCUCCAUCACCACCGCCGCCACCACCACCUCUUCCAUCACAGCCACCUCCUCCUCCUGUACCCCCUGCAGGCCCUCUUCAGUCACUGGUACUUCAACGGUCAGUGCCAACCCAACCUUCCUUGGUAUCUCAACCAAUUCUACCAUCUGUGUCAACACUACAGUCAUCACCACAGUUGGCAUACCCACCAGCUGUUCCUCAUGAAUAUUGCAGCACAGCCAGUGGUAACCAACUCACACAAAUGUCUGGAAAUACUCAUGGGAAUCAUAUGGAUGUUGUUGUAAAGAGUGAGUUGUAUCCACAGCAGUCACCUUGCUUCACACCUACAGCAGUUUGCAGUUCUCAACCUUCAGGAUAUAAUACAUCUAGGCAAUUGGAAUAUGGACAUAAGGACCUAUAUUUAAAACCCCAAGCUUCUCAACAAAACCCACAUUUUCAGCCAGGUAGUGCACCUUUUGCACAGAGACCUUUGCACCCGAACUUACCGCAAGCCUCUGGUCAUUUUUCUUUUGCAAAGCCUGCAAUUCAGCAGCAUCCUCAGCAUUCAUAUCCCUGUGCAUAUCCAUUGCCGUCUCAUCCUGAUGGACGAAGGCAAUUUGUUGGAGAUGAAGCUUGGAGGAUGCCCUCAACUGAAUUUAACACGGAUAAUCAGCAUGGUGCAUGGAUGAGCGGAAGAAAUCCUUCACAUGCUGGUCCUUCUUUUGGGCAGGACGGUUAUUUUCGGCCACCCAUUGAAAGACCACCUGUUAAUAAUAUGGGUUUUCAGCUUUCCUCUGCUAACAAUUUACCAGCUGGAGCCCCAAUCCCAGGUCAUGGUGUUUCACAUGUAUUGCCAUGUAGACCGGAUAUGUCCGCUCUUAAUUGCUGGAGACCAGCUUAAAAAUAAAGCUUAAGUAUGUUUUUCUUUCCUUGUCAUUUUUUUUUUUUUGAGCCAACUGAACUUCUGAGAAAGUUGUUGAUCCUUUCAAGAUAAAGAAGGUUCCAUAUUCCUUUUAAGAAUGUGACUUGAAGCUGGUGGCUUCCAUGAUGUAAUUGACCUUGUAAAUAUUGGGCUUUUAAAUGCUGGAAAAAUUUAGGGAUGUACCUUAUAGUUUAGUGAUAAUAAAAUUUUGUUUCAAAGAACCAAAAUGUUAAUGUGCUACUGCUAUCAUUCUUUAGUAUGGUGUAAUGUAAUUGACAUGAUGUGUGCUUGCGAGUA